GGCGCGUGUCGUCACGCAGGAGGAAGUGCACGGGACUAGUUGACGGUCAGCUCGCUUUAGCAUGGCAGGAAAGGCAGUUCUGCCUCGGAGGGCCGACUCAACUGAGUUGAAAGCCGUUUUUGAAAAGUAUGCCAGCGUCAAGAAGAAUGAGGAGAGCCUUAUGUCACCGCAGGACUUUGUGAGCCGCUUCCUCCAUGCCCACACAGACAUCCGGCUGUCGGACGAGGCCACGAAGCUGCUGGCUGGAGUCGUGGAUCAAAAGAAAGAUGGGCUGAUCUCCUUUCAGGAGUUCGUAGCGUUCGAGUCGGUGCUGUGCGCCCCGGACUCCCUCUACAUGGUCGCCUUCCUGCUGUUUGACAAAGCAGGCAGUGGAAUGACCAGUUUUGAGGAUGUGAAGGAGGUCUUCAGCCAGACCACCAUCCACCAGCACAUCCCUUUUAACUGGGACUGUGACUUCAUCCGGCUGCACUUUGGCAGCGAGAGGGAGAAGAGGCUCAGCUACGGGGAGUUCACCCAGUUUCUCCUGGAGAUGCAGCUGGAACAUGCGCGGCAGGCCUUCAUCCAGCGGGACCAAGCCCACAGCGGCUCCAUCUCAGCGCUGGACUUCAGGGACAUCAUGGUCACCAUCCGACCGCACAUCCUCACAUCCUUUGUGGAGCAAUGCCUGGUGGCGGUUGCGGGUGGCAGCACAUCCCACCAGGUCAGCUUCUCCUACUUCAACGGCUUCAACUCUCUUCUCAACAACAUGGAGCUGAUCAGAAAGGUCUUCAGCACGCUGGCUGGACACCGCAAAGAUGUGGAAGUCACCAAAGAGGAGUUCAUUGUGGCUGCUCAGAGGUUCGGUCAGGUGACACCCAUGGAGGUCGACAUCCUCUUUCAGCUGGCUGACCUGUCAGAUCCCCGAGGACGUGUUGGUUUAGUGGACAUUGAGCAGAUCGCUCCGCUGGAAGAAGGCGCCCUGCCCUACAACUUGGCUGAGGUCCAGAGACAGCAGCUGGGCAGUGACGUCUCCCGGCCCAUCCUCACCCAGGUGGCAGAGUCGGCCUACAGGUUCUCCCUUGGCUCGGUGGCAGGGGCUGUGGGGGCCACAGCAGUGUACCCCAUCGAUCUGGUGAAGACCCGCAUGCAGAACCAGAGGAGCAGCGGCUCCCUGGUGGGAGAGCUCAUGUACAAGAACAGCUUCGACUGCUUCAGGAAGGUGGUGCGCUACGAGGGCCUCUUCGGCCUUUACCGAGGUCUCGUACCACAGCUACUGGGUGUGGCGCCCGAGAAAGCCAUAAAGCUCACAGUGAAUGACUUUGUGCGAGGAAAGACUCGACAGAAAGACGGCACCGUCCCGCUGGCAGCCGAGAUCCUGGCUGGUGGAUGUGCCGGGGGAUCCCAGGUGAUCUUCACCAACCCUCUGGAGAUUGUAAAGAUCCGUCUGCAGGUGGCAGGAGAGAUCACCACGGGGCCGAGGGUCAGCGCAUUGUCCGUCAUCAGAGACCUCGGCUUCUUUGGACUUUACAAGGGUUCAAAGGCCUGUUUCAUGCGGGACAUCCCAUUCUCAGCCAUCUACUUCCCCUGCUACGCUCACCUUAAGGCUUACUUCUCCGAGGAGGACGGCAGGAUAGGGCCGGCCAAGAUGCUGCUUGCUGGAGCGCUGGCUGGCAUGCCGGCGGCCUCUCUGGUGACCCCGGCUGAUGUGAUCAAGACCCGGCUGCAGGUGGCGGCGCGCGCCGGUCAGACCACCUACAGCGGCCUGGUGGACUGCUUUUGGAAGAUUCUCAGAGAGGAGGGACCCCGGGCCUUCUGGAAAGGAGCUGGAGCCCGUGUGUUCAGAUCCUCUCCUCAGUUCGGAGUGACCCUGGUGACCUAUGAACUCCUGCAGCGCUGGUUCUAUGUCGACUUUGGUGGACAAAAGCCGGCUGGCUCCGAGCCCACCCCCAAGUCUCGGAUCAGCCUGCCGGCGCCCAACCCCGACCACAUUGGAGGCUUCAGGUUGGCCGUGGCCACGUUCGCUGGCAUCGAGAACAAGUUCGGGCUCCAUCUCCCACGCUACACGGUGGCGACGCCGGCAGCAGGCCCCCCCCCCGCUGUGAGCAGCCCCUGAACUUCCACGGGUAGCAGAGUUAUUGCAAGACAGGGCUUUAUUGUAGUGUUUUAAGUAAUUUAUUGUCUUCUUAUUAUCAAAUACGUUAGUCUAUAUGCAUCCCUGUGGACUAGAGGAGCGAUUAACAGACACUCAAAGAAAUCUCUUUUAGAACGAGUGCAGUGUUGGUAUUAAUCUUGAUUGACAUGUAUAGCUUUAUUAUGUGGUUUUGUUUUCAUACAGUUGAACUGGUUCCGUUUAAUUCUAAUCCACUGCUUUGCUUUUUGGAAUAUUUGAUCAAAAACGAUUUUAGUUGCAGCUUUUUUGAGUGUCUUUUUGUUGCUUUAAAACCAAAAAAGAUCCUAAAUGUAGCACCUUUGUAUAUAAGAGAAAUCCAGAGACAUAUAUUUUAAUAUGUAUAGUUCUAUUUUGAUCCUUUUAAUUGUAAUAUAUGCAUCUACAAGAUUAGGGACCAAUAAGUACUUGAAUGUAAAGCAACAGUAUCAUUCUGAAUGUACUCAGUGUUUACUCUCAGGGCUAAAUGUGUGCAGAUGUGUGAAUAUCUGAGAGACAGCUGGCACCGACGGCAGCUCUGCAGUGUGUCACGACUGAGUAUUUAAACUUGUACAGUCCAGAGAAUGUAGGAGUUACAUGUGGUGAGUAAUAACCGUGCCUUACUGUGCGUAUGGCAGCAACAUGUGUACCAAGAGUAAAGAAACGUAUCUUAGUGAACCGAGUGUGUGCUGGAGUUUUUAUUUUCCAGAUGAGCGCUGUUAAGAAAAAUCAGGACAACAGUACAUCAGCUUUAAUAGUAAACAUAACAGCACACUGCAUCACAAUAUAGCUCUCGAGAAUCAAAAGUUCAUUAAAGAAUAAACAGCUGUUGCUCCAGUUCAGAACAAAAGACCAAUACCAGCCACGUGAUUCAGUUUCUGACGCAAAGCAGCCACGUGUGGAAACGUCAACAUAACAACUCCACGUUUAUGCUUCUGGAAUAUGUGAAAUGUGUCGCAUGCAAGCGUUAUACAGAGAAAAACAACACAACAUA